AUGGCGUCGUCAAAGGGAAAAGCGAAAAACCAACCCAAGAAAAGGCAGAUAAAAGAACCAGUAUCGCGUCCUAAUAUCCGUUCUCGCGUUAAAUCAACGCGCAGUAAACGCGCAAAUACUCCGUAUCGACGGCAGCCAUAUGGUUCUGUCAGUAUACCUCAAUUGGUCUACGAGCUCCUCACUAUCGAUAAGUAUAAUCAAGCAUUUGUCGUGGUAGAGGCGAAACGCUUUCAGUCCCCGGAACGCUUCAGGACACCCCGUCGAAGAAUACAGAAAUAUCACGAACGGCAGAGGCUUCCGUACGAGGUGGUCGACCGUUGUGAUAGCCCGGAAUCCGUUCAAGUGCCCGAGUACGCGAUGGAAUCUAGACCCACGUCUAUUGAAAGUCUCACGGAGUCGAUGGACGCUGCAAAUAACUCGGCGGUUACGAGUUCUGCGAACAGCAGCGUGUCUAAUAUCUCAAUGAAGCCGAUCGCGUUAGCGAAUUCGCUCAACAGCGCCAGAGCGCUCUUUAGAAAGAAGUCCCUGGUGCAGCUUAUAAACAGCUAUAUCAAGGCAGGCAUCGAGGAAGGGAAGCGACAGGCGAAAAAGUACAUCCGCAAGGCGCUGUCAUUUGGCGUGAGAUCGGGUUACCUGAUUCCGGCCGAUCGACAAGGUAAUGUACUCCAUGUAUGCCCAACUCUGGACACAGGGUCCUGGAGCACGAGACGAACUGACGUCGAAUCGCGACGAAGACGACGCAUCGCGCGACGAGGAGAGACCCGGCCGACGACGAUCGAUGAUCGCAAGGCAAUGCGUCGCGGAAUUCCGCGAGAUAAAUCGCGUCAUGACGUAGAUCGAGAGCAAAGGACGUCCAGGAAACGUUUCGUUCAAAGUCCUGCUGGGAGUUUGAGCGUGAGAGAAAAUAACCGAAGAAAAUCGCCCGAUGAAUUGACGCUGUGCGAAAGAAACAAAUCAAAAAUUGUCGCGAAAAGAAAAAGUAAAAUCAACGAUAUGAUCAACAAUAAGCGGGGACAACAACGAAAAAGAGGCGAAGACGAGAAUGUCAAAAAACCGGUCAAACGACGUCGCAUGGCUUUUUCUGCGAAACGCGCUGAAAACAAUCAAUUCGAACCAAUCGAAGAAAAUUAUAAGAACGUGAACGAGGAAGAUUGCAAUCAGUAUAAAGGCAAUAAAGAUAAUUGUGGGGCAAUUACUGACAAUGAGAGGCGGAAGUCGACAUCGAGCCAGGAGAACGAGUCGAGAGUGGAAAAACAGAAAGCCGGGACGAGUAUCGACAACAAUCGCAAAAAUGUAGAGCACAAGAACGUCACGGAUGAUGAGGACGAUGGCGAUGACAACGACGACAAGUCUGAUGAGAAACCCGUCGUCGCAAGCCGAACAUUCUCCAGUUAAUCUACAAGUUCCUCGUCGACGAUACGAAACGCGCUCUCCCGACCAAGUGUCGCUGCUGCAGCCUAGAGAACGCG